AUGGCGGAUAUCCGUUCUUUUUUCGGACCUAAGGGUGGUGCUGCAGCACCCUCGAAACCGGCACCAAAGAAAGUGAAAGCAGAGGAAGAUUCUAAUAAGAGACGUAACAAAGUACGAAAGAUUGUAGAGGAUAGUGAUGAGGAUGAAAAGUUGGUUGAGACGAAGAAAUUAGCAACUAGGUCUUCUCCAAGAAAGAAGCCGGUUGUUAAUGAUGAGAAGGUUCAGGGGACAGCUACAACAGCAAGUGAAUAUUUCGCUUCAAGCAAGUCAAAGAAUCAACCAGCUGCAAAGCCCGAUGCCAAGCCACAGCCAAAACCUAAAGCCGAAGUACGGUCGAGUCCCAGAAACAAGAAGACUAUUACGAACGAUACUACUACAGCCGCGAGCAAGAAUAACGAUACCAAACCGAAGAAUCGUUCUUCAACUAAGCCCAAGCCACAAUACCUAGAAGAUGAGGAUGAUGCUUUCGUGGAUGACGAUGAAGAUGCAGGGGAUGACAUUUUCGCUGCGGAUGCAAGGGGUCGAAACAAAAGAAAAAACGAUGACUAUGUUGAGGAAGAUAGUGAAGAAGAUUUUCUACCGAAACCUAAAAGGAUUGCUUCUCGUAGCAAACCAGCCCGCCAAGAUGAGAAACCUAGUGCAUUGAAACCUGCCAAAAAUGGCGGAGCUUCUUCAGCUAAGAAGAGAAAGACACCUGAUGCUGCAUCGAGCGAAGAAGACGAUGAUGAGGAUGAACCUUUGCCUCAUAAGAAGCCGGUAGCGAAGAAGCCUAGGGCCCCGAGAGCAAAGAAGGCGGAGGAAUCGGAAUCUACAGAGAUUCAAGCAAUCUUAGAUGAUAUCCCCAUGGUUAGACCACCAACACCACCAGCCAAAGACCCGGAUGCCAAGUUUGACUGGAGGAAGGCAGGGGGAGGUAAUUCUGGCCCGGCACCAAAUCCGAUUGCUGAGAUGCCUGAAGGAGAGGAAGAUUGUCUUGCUGGCCUGACGUUUGUUUUCACCGGCCAAUUAUCCACUAUUGCACGCGAGGAAGCCCAGGCCCUGGUGAAGCGAUACGGAGGAAAAAUUACCGGCGCCCCAAGCAGCAAAACUAGCUAUGUAGUUUUAGGUGAAGACGCCGGUCCCAGCAAGCUUGCUAAGAUUCGCCAGUAUGGUACGAAGACUAUCAACGAAGAGGGCUUAUUUCAGCUUAUCCGUCGCCUACCAGCCGGUGGCGGUUCUGGCAAAGGUGCAGAGAAGAUCCGAGAAAAGAGAAAACUUGAGGAAGAAAAAGCCAAACAGCAAGCCGUGGAGAUGGAGCGGGAGGAAAAGGCUCGAAAGGCGGAAGCAGAGAAAGCGCGAAAGGCUGCCGUCGCACGCGGCGCUGGCGGCGCUGCUCCGACCCCCCCAGCUCCCCUUUCUCAACUUUGGACGGUGAAGUAUGCCCCGACCCAGCCAAACCAUAUCUGUGGCAAUAAGGCGGCUGUCGAGAAGAUCCAGAACUGGCUGAAAAACUGGCCUAAGCAUCGUAAAUACAACUUCCAAAAGCGAGGUGCGGAUGGCAUGGGCGGUGCUCGUGCUAUCAUUGUCUCCGGUCCCCCCGGCAUCGGCAAGACAACGGCAGCGCACCUAGCCGCCAAGCUCGAAGGAUAUGACGUUUUAGAGAGCAACGCCAGCGACACGCGUAGCAAAAAGCUUGUGGAAUCAGGUGUAAGCGAGGUUAUGAAUAACACGUCUCUGCUUGGUUUCUUUGCUGGGGAUGGAAAGAAGAUCGAUAAAGAAAAGAAGAAUAUCGUUCUUGUCAUGGAUGAAGUCGAUGGCAUGUCCGCUGGCGACCGCGGAGGCGUUGGCGCCCUUGCGAAGUUCUGCAAAAAGACCGAAGUACCUCUUAUUCUGAUCUGCAACGAGCGAAAAUUGCAGAAGAUGAAACCCUUCGAUUUUGUGGCAUUCGACGUCAAGUUCCAACGACCAACCGUUGACCAGAUCCGAUCCCGAAUGAUGACUAUCUGCCAUCGAGAACAGUUGAAGCUACCUCCGCAAGUUCUCGAUGCCCUUGUCGAAGGUAGUAACCGGGAUAUCAGACAGAUCAUCAAUAUGUUAUCCACAAUCAAGCUAGACCAGAUGUCGAUGGACCAGUCGUCGAGGGACAAAUCGUCGAUAGACUUUAAUAAGGGCAAGAAUAUGUCAAAGGCUUGGGAGAAGUCGAUUGUGCUAAAGCCGUGGGACAUCUGCCAGAAGAUGCUCGGUGGCGGACUCUUCUCUCCGGCUAGCAAGGCCACCCUCAAUGAUAAGAUUGAGCUCUACUUCAACGAUCACGAAUUUAGCUACUUGAUGAUACAAGAGAACUACCUUCGAACAAAACCAGCCGUCCUGAACGCGAACCAAUACAAUAAACGCGAGCAAAACCUAAAGGCCCUAGAAAUGGUCGAUAAGGCAGCCGAGAGCAUCAGCGACGGUGACCUAGUAGACGGAAUGAUUCACGGCCCGCAGCAACACUGGGGUUUGAUGCCCACUCAUGCAAUCUUCAGCACAGUCCGACCGGCUAGCUUCGUAGCCGGCCAACUGAUAGGAUCGAACUUCACCUCAUGGCUUGGCAACAACAGUAAAUUCAACAAGCUGGGUAGAUAUAUCCGCGAAGUUCAUUCGCACAUGCGACUCAGGUCUUCCGGUGACCAUCACGAGAUUCGUCAGCAGUACCUACCAGUGCUCUGGACACGGCUCAUAAAGAGACUCGCCGACGAGGGCAAAGAGUCCGUCGAGGAAGUCAUCGAACUUAUGGAUAGCUACUUUCUCACAAGAGAAGACUUCGAUUCCAUCAAAGAGCUAGGCGUCGGCCCACAAGACGAAGAGCACAUCGAUAUCGACACCCAGACUAAAGCGACUUUUACUAGAUUGUACAACGUAAUGUCCCACCCAAUUCCCUUCAUGAAAGCCAGCAACAGUGUAGCGGCUCCGAAGGCUGCCGCAAAAGACAAACCAGAUCUCGAGGAGGCAAUGGAUGACGAAGAUGAUGAUAUAGAGGCGGCCGAAGCUGCAGAUGCUAUUGAUGACGACGAUGGUAAUAUUGAAAAGGAUAAAUAUAUCAAAAAGCCAAAGGCAAAGAGGGGUGGAAAGAAAACUGCUAAGGCUGAUGAUGAGGAGGGAAAACCAACGAAGGGGCGUAAGGGUAAGGCUACUGGAGGGAAGGGCAAGGCAAAAAAGUGA